UGCUAUCAGCACACUGGAGUAGCAGCAAGCCAGAGCGUGGCCAUGCCUGCGUACGCCACCAACAUGAGGCUCAAGUUCCCCAUCCUGGCCCUCAGCCUCGAGAUCCUCACCAUCAUCCUCUUCGCCUUCUUCGUGGUGUACGAUGACGGCAAGCCUUCCAGCCAUGGCGCCCAUGACGGCCACGCACCCAGCAACAAGACAGAGGACAAAAACCUGCGCCUUUACCCAGUGUUCCAGGACGUGCACGUGAUGAUCUUCGUCGGCUUCGGCUUCCUGAUGACGUUUCUGAAGCGCUACAGCUUCAGCAGCGUGGGGGUGAACCUGCUGCUGGCGGCCUUCGGCCUGCAGUGGGGCAUCCUCAUGCAGGGCUUCUGGCACAUGAGCGACGGCAAGAUCAAGAUGGACAUCCUGAGGAUGAUCAACGCAGACUUCAGCACAGCCACAGUCCUCAUUUCCUUUGGGGCGGUCCUGGGGAAGACCAGCCCUGUGCAGCUCCUCAUCAUGACCGUGCUGGAGAUCACCAUCUUCUCCCUUAAUGAGCACUUGGUAGCCGAAGUGCUGGGGGCGAGUGAUGUGGGGGCGUCGAUGACCAUCCACGCCUACGGGGCGUACUUUGGGCUGGCCGCGGCUCGCAUGCUGUACCGGCCCGGCCUGAGGAACGGGCACCCCAACGAGGGCUCAGUCUAUCACUCCGACGUGUUCGCCAUGAUCGGAACCGUGUUCCUCUGGAUGUUCUGGCCCAGUUUCAACUCGGGCAUCGCGGGGAGUAAAGAGGACCAGUUCACCGCUGUGGUCAACACCUACCUGUCCCUGGCCGCGUGCGUGAUGACAGCCUACGCCACGUCCAGCCUGGUGGAGCACAAGGGCAAGCUGGACAUGGUGCACAUUCAGAAUGCCACUCUGGCUGGAGGCGUUGCCGUGGGAACCUGUGCAGACAUGAACAUUGGGCCCUUCGGCGCGAUGCUGAUUGGAUCUGUGGCCGGGAUCAUCUCCACGCUGGGGUUCAAGUUCCUGACGCCCAUCCUUGCUGCAAGCCUGGGUAUCCAGGACACGUGCGGAGUCCACAACCUCCAUGGAAUGCCGGGAAUUCUGGGCGGGCUGGCCGGAAUCACGGCCACGGCACUGGGGAAGAAGAAAGAUGGCCUGGCCUCCAUGCAGGCCGCAGCCCUGGCCUCCUCCCUGGGGUUCGCACUUGUCGGGGGGGCCAUCACAGGUCUGAUCAUGAAGCUGCCCGUGUGGGGACAGCCUCCAGACCAGAACUGCUUUGACGACUCGAUUUACUGGGAGGUACCGGAGGAGGAAGAGGAGAACGAGGAGAGUUUGGCUCACGGAGAUCAUCCCAAGAACAAAGUCGAGGCCUAAACUAGGGAAAAGCUGUGAUGCCACCUCCCCCUCUCUCCACAUCCCUCUCAUAUACCCCUAUACCUGAAAAUGUGUGCUAUCAGGACGAUAGCAAUGUAUAAUGGAGAUAAAUUCCUUAGAUAAUAUUUUAUUUUUGUUCUUUUAUGACACUUCUGAAGCAGCAUAUUGUUGGUCUGUCGGGUACUCUCAACACCCAAAGAUGCGAAGGUCAGUAUUUUUCUCCUGGAUUAACUCACUUCAGCCCAAAAACAAAAGCAAAGCCCCUUUUUAUUUUCAGUAUCUUACUGCACACAUCACCGCUGUUCCGUUCCAGUAGUUCAGCGACUCCAAUGAAAUGGCGGGGGACAGGAGCGUUUUCUGGAUUAGUUCCGUUUUAGCGCCAACGCCUGGCUAGUACCCUCUGCCCCAUCCAAAUUAUAACCAAUGGCAAGCUGUGUUAUGUACAUUCAUUCUGAUAACCAAUGAGAAGCUGUGUUAUGUACAUUCAUUCUGAUAACCAAUGAGAAGCUGUGUUAUGUACAUUCAUUCUGAUAACCAAUGAGAAGCUGUGUUAUGUACCUCCAAUCCGGCCUGGCCGGCCAGGUCUGUGUAGCUUCACAUGCAGGACAGGUCACUCAGGAAACACACACACACUUUUCACAUGACAGAGGCUCAAGCUUCCAGACUUUGAGCUGUGCAACCUUACCUUACCUUACACACAUACACACACACACACACACAAAACAAAAAAACAAAAAAUAAAAUAAAAAAACCUUUUUUACUUGCAACCUGCUUGGAGGAUCUAGACAAACAGCUGUAAAUCUGUAAAUCACACGAGCCAACACUCACAGACCCCCUCAGGUAAACAACCUGGCUCACAGACCUGCUCAGGUAAACAACCUGGCUCACAGACCCCCUCAGGUAAACAACCUGGCUCACAGACCUGCUCAGGUAAACAACCUGGCUCACAGACCUGCUCAGGUAAACAACCUGGCUCACAGACCUGCUCAGGUAAACCUGGCUCACAGACCUGCUCAGGUAAACCUGGCUCACACCCAUGUUCGCUUGUUUUGUUUCCUCUCUCUCGCGCUCCCUCCUUCCUGUGCACAUACUGACGUAAAGUCCGUUUACACUCCUCCCUUACACUCCUCCCUUACACUCCUCCCUGUGUGUCCAACAACAGCCAGUGAGCGUCUGGGAUAUUGUUUCAGAAAUACCUUUACUGCUGUUUUACUGGCCUGUUUUAGUGUGCAUCACCUGAGCAUUCAUCACCAGUCAGUAAACUCCUGAACUAAAGAAAUAUGAGCCUGAACUAGAGAAAUCCAAAAUAAGAUCAGUGAGAGGGAGGAGUAAAACUGACUAAAGACACUAGUUUUAGUUUCACAAAUUUGUUUUUUAUUGAAAAGUCACCUGCCAGGAGUGCUGCUUACACCACAGGCAGUAAAGUGAAGGCCUCAUUAUAAGCUAGAGAUGAACUCACCACGUUAAAAUAUCUAUUACUAUUACGCUUUUUCCAAAUGUAUCAUGUAUUAAUACUGUCAAUUAUAAAUAUGUUUUUAUAUGGUAUAACCUAUGUGUGUUUUUUUAUAUAUUAUUUGAAAGGGUUGUGAGAAAUGCCUAGUUUAAUAAAAAAUUAAUUUCAAACUGAAACAAAAAAUAAUGCCCCCCAUUAAAGUACAUUCUGUAAUACGCAUAAUACAUUUUAAUAUAAGAAGGCACUCCAAACAUAUUUUUCAAUACAUGGUAGUAUUUUGUAAUGAACAUUACAUUUUAGUGGUUACGUUUUUUUUAUCAAAUUAGCUACAUCAUACUGAGACCAAAGCCUAGUAUAUAUACCAAAUAUUUGUAUAUUUUACAAUAUGUUUCUAUACAUUAUUCAUUUUCCGUUAUAAAUUACGAAAUAGUGUACGUGUAAUAGCUUCGUGCACAUAAAAAUCUGUUAUUUCCGUGUUGUAAUGUCAUUGCUGGAGUUAUUAACAGAACAGACUUCCUUUGUCAUAAAAAGGACAAAUCGAGAAUGCUAAUAUAUUUGGUUUCCAUGAAUGGGGAGAAAUGUUUUUGUUUUUCAAGAUACAAUAUAAAGAUAAAAAAUAUAAAGAUAUCAAGAUUAAAAAAACAGCAUUUGCAUUGAUCGUGUGUGCAAGAUAAGUCUACCAAAUAAAAUGAGUGACAUUCUGAUGCCGUAAAUCUAUGGACUCAAAAAAAUGCUUUUGUGAAGAUCACGUGAUGCUAGCGACUUCCAGCGAUAUCAUAAGUGUGUUUAUUUAAAUCUGCAUAUAAACGAUUUUCUACAUUUUAUUUCUUUCUCAAAAACAUUUUUUAAUGUGCGAGCCCAGUGUUGAGGCAAGUCAUAUUUACACAGUGUUUUCACAGUACUGAACUGAUACACCUCUAGGAGCACAACUUGUUCACGUUAUUCGUGCCAGUUUUUUUUUGUGCACAGCGCUCUAGAUCAGUAGCCUACAUUUCUCAACCCUGUAAGGAAGCACAUCCCGUUUUCCGAUUAGAAAAACUAUUCUCUCGAAAUAGGCUUUUGAAUUAUUUGAGCUCUUGGUACCGCUCAUAUGGUACUUCAUGUUUACAAAAUAUCCAACAUAAUUUUGUGAAUAAUAAUGAAUGGAAUUAAUCUGCUUCUGUAAUUAGUUGUUAAAUUAAUGGGACUUUGAGACUAUAUAUUUUUAAUAAUUCUGAAUGAGGAAUAAUACCUGCAUGAAGCAUUAAGCACUUCAAAUGAAUAAACAGCUCACAAACCAUUUUAGGCUGUUUGUCUUGUUUUGAAUUAUUGAAUUUUACUGAACACGGAAAAAUGGAAAAAUAAUGACAAAUCUAGAUGAGUCUUCUGGAAUUAUUACAUUGGUUUAUUUUUAUUUUUUUAAAUCAAUUGAACUAAACAACUGAGUCCAUAAAAUUGCCUCAUGCGUUUAUAAAAUGGAAGAUCGCCACCUUAUGCGCAUAUCUACGGGGUUGGCCUUAAUAUCGCAGUGCAUUGUGGGCUGCAAGAUGGUGGCACUGUUGUGAUUACGAAUGUGUAGUUUCAAUAUAUUGAACAAGUUAUUUUGGUAGAUAACAAAUAUUGCUAGCAAAAAGAAAGACUACAGUUGCAUAUGAGUGUUAUUUUAAGUGGAGUGUAUCGAGACAUUUUCAGCCAUCUUCGUUUCAAACGUGUAAUUACAUGGUCUUUGGACAAUGUCAACCCGAGCAGACUCCAAGGUGAGGAGGAGGAGCGACUCACGUGGUAGCAGAGACGAGAGAAGAGUGCGAAGCCCAGAAAAGGAGAGAAGGACACAGAAGCGCAGCCGAAGCAGGUCGUCUUCCUCAUCAUCCUCAUCCAGCUCCUCGUCCUCUUCCUCCUCCUCAUCAGGUUCCUCUUCCUCGUGCUCCUCAGUCAGCAGGUCGAGCUCUAGCAGCAGUGAUUCACACAGAAAGUCCAAGUCUAAGAAAGGAAGGAAGGAGAAACGACACAGGAAGCAUAAAGGGAAUAAAGAGAAGAAGCACAAAAAGAAGAAAGAGAAGAAACAGAAGGGUGAGGAUGAGGAUUAUGAAGAAGGAUCGGGACCUGUGCAGAUCUCCAAGUAUCUUAAGGAUAAGAAGAGGGGGAGAAAGGUCAGCAUGAUCUCCGGACGGAAGAUUAAAAUGAAAGUGAAGAAGUCCAGGAAGGACAAACAGAGGGAUAAGAACCGGGCCGAACUCCUGAAUUUCCUCAACUCUGCCCUCUGACCCGAGCAGGAGAGCUUGGUGCUAAAAACAGUCCUUUCUGGAAACUUCUGUCCGUCGUCCGUGUGAAUGAGGUCCUUCUGCCCCUAUAGCCCGCUCCCAACGACAGCGUGGGCUUAGGGAAGAGCCAUUACUUUACAUUUAUUUACCCCUGCGCUGAGCUCCCGCUGCCCGUGCAGCUGCGCUGAGCUCCUGCUGCCAGCUCUGUCCUCUGCUUCUCUACCACCGUUUGCUUGUGUACUUCUGAAUGGGGGGUAAUAUUGUUGACUAAUCUGUGUGUUGCCCAAGACCCUUAUUUGUGUAAAAGACCAUACUGCCCUCCAUAGAAUGCAAUGGCUGGACAACAUACUGUGGGAGAAAAUGUCAAUCACAGCUUUUCCGUGUGAACAGCUACAGCCUCCUCAGGAUCAGCUGAAAUUAGUUCAGGGCUGACUGUUAUUGUGAAAAUGUCAUGGUGACAGAAUGUCAUGGCAACAAAAAAUGUGAUUUUUUUUUACCCUUCCCAUUUUAUAGCCAUUUUCGCUGUAGUUAAUUUUAGGUGGGGUUAAUCAAAGCUGGCAUUAGUUGAGUUCACUGCUGCUUUUCAAAUCAAUUUUUAUUGGUCUAAUUGUGAGAUGUUUCCUUGGGGCGGGGGGGGAAGGGAACAAAUGGGCCAAACACCACGCCAGUCUCUCCAGUCAAGGGGGGUAUAUUUCUCAAAGCAAGAUUACCGAGUUAUCUAGAUAACUGCGCUGAGUAAAACCUGGAACAGCUCUUUUUACUUCAGUCCAUGUUCCAGCUCUGGGAGGGUUCUGGGUUUUACUCAGUGCAGUUAUCCAGAUAACUCUGUAAUCCUGCUUCCUGAAAGUGGGCCCAGCUGUUCCUCUGUAUCUCAACAGUGACUCAGGAUUCACCCCAAAAAUUUAUGCAUGAAAGAUAAAAUGUAUCGAUUAAAUUUUUUUCAGAAUUUUCUUACAUUUCCUCUGUAAUUAUUCAUUAAUCAUAAUUUCAGUUGUCAGUUUAAGAUAAAUAACUUGUCUGUGUGAUGUGAUUGUUUGUUGAAAAGAAGUACAGCAAAGGUUGUGAAACGUGUCUUCUUCCAAAUUUGGGGGGAGGGGCAAAGUGUCCCCCAAAUAAUAAAACAUGUCCUAGACUCUGAA